AUCUGAUAGAAGACAAAUUUCAUUGGUUGACAUAUCUCUUAAUUCAUAAAUUCAAUAUAAAACCACGAUUUCGGUUCAGACCACGUAUCUGGGCUUCAGUUUCUUCGUUUGAGCAAGUUUAUUCCUAAACAUUCAAUUCUAAUAAUGGGAAGAAGUAAAUUACAAAUAUAUGGUCCAAAUGGUGAAAUUUAUCAACCUACAUUAAAACUUCAAUCAAAUACUAAUCCUGAAAAAGAUGCUGAAGAACUUUAUCAAGCAAUGAAAGGAUGGGGAACUGAUGAACAUCGUAUCAUUAAUGUUUUGGGUUAUCGUAAUUCUAUUCAACGAAUUCAAAUAGGAGAAACGUUUAAAGCAAUGUAUGGAAAGGAUUUAAUAGAUGAAUUAUCUAGUGAAACAAGCGGUCAUUUUAAAAAACUACUUAAAAUGUUAUUAACUGAUAUAGAUAUAGUGAAUGCACGUGCAUUAUAUAAAGCAAUUAAUGGUGCAGGUACUGAUGAAGAAACAAUUAUUGAAGUUUUAUGUACAUCAACUAAUACUGAAAUUGAAAAUAUUAAACAAGCAUAUCAAUAUGUCCUAAAGGCUUAUGGAGUCAGCGAUCCUAGAAGAACUUUAGAAAGUGAUGUUCAAAAUGAUUUAAGUGGACAUUUUCAAAAUCUAGUCGUUGCAUUACUUCAAGCUAGUCGUGAUGAAAUUUCAUAUGAAGAUGUUGAAAAAAUUAGUACAAAAGGAUUGAAAAGUAUAGUGAAUAUGAAUCAAGUUGAACAAGAUGUUGAAACAUUAUGGGAUGCUGGUGAAGCACAUCUAGGAACUGAUGAAUCUGCUAUCAUUCGAAUUGUAACCGGUCGAAAUGUUUGGCAUUUACAAGAGGUUGCUCGUCUGUUUGAAAAGAAAUAUGAUAAAACAUUGGUCGAUUCAUUAGCGUCUGAAACAUCUGGAGAUUUUGAAAGCGCUCUUUUAUUAACCUUAAAUACUUGUUUAAAUCGUCCAAAAGCUUAUUCUGAUUUAUUGUUGAAAGCAAUGAAAGGUGCCGGUACCGAUGAUUGUACACUAAUGCGUAUUAUUGUGACAAGAAGUGAGUUUGAUUUAGGAAGUAUUUGUUCACAAUUUCAUAAUGAUCAAGGUAGUUCACUUGAAGAUUGGAUACGUAGUGAAACAUCUGGUGAUUAUAGACGACUUCUAUUAGCAUUACUUGGUGCUGAUUGGCAAUAGAUAUGAAUCAUAUAAAUCUUUAUUAAAAUAAAACAAAAUUCAUUAAACAUAAUUAAUUUUGUUUAAAUAAGUUAUUCACAGAUUCAAUGUUCAAGAAAUGCUUUGUCACUUGUUCAUGUAAUCGAUUUUGUUGUUGUUGUUGCUAUGUUUGAAUUGUUUCAUUUAAUGCUAUUUAUUUCGUCCUUUCAUAAUUAUCUUCUUUAUGAGUACUUUUAAAUAUAACAUUUAAUUGAUAAGUACUUCAUUGACAAGAGAUUGGAUUCAUGUUUAUAGUAGUAAAAAGGGUUAGAAAGUUGAAAUUCAAGUGCUAAACAGGAAUCUAUUGACUAUUGGUAAAUAGUCUGAGUAGUCUCACACUAGGACGAAACGGCCGUUUAGUGCUUCCAGGUUUUCCAUGGUGGUCUAACACUGACCCAUAGGAUAGGACUCGUCAGUAGUGAGUAUUUAUGAUCCCACAUGAGGGACUCGAAACCAAGGCCUAAAGUGAUGAGGGCGAACGCUUAACCUCUAGAUGAUUGACCCGGAAACCGACGUUGUUAAUGUUUAACUUCAAUCAAUCCAUGAUCUUGCACAACUCUUCAUCUAUUACCUGAGGUGGAUAACUCUCUCACACUCGACACGGAUUAGGUUCCACUAAUCACAGCUUCUCUCUAGAACUCUAGUAAAUCCAUCUUGAAGUUGGUCACUAGUGAGUACCUGAUUAUUGUGAGAAUGGGGAUUCGUGGAAAUUGUAUUAUUUUUAACAGUUGAAUUCAUAAGAUAUCUUUUAGGCAUAUGCUAGGUUUGAAGCUAACACAAGUUCACUUAAUCUGCGAACGAGAACAAGACUCGGUGACCAAGACCAGUAAGCUAGCUAUUUGAUGCGUCCCAGCUCCGCUAACUAGAGGGAGAAGUCCAAGCUACGAAUGGGAAGUAUAUUCUGCAAAUCAACCAGAAACGAGCGAUAACAACAAACAGAAUUCAAAACGUAUAUAUACAGUGCAAAACCGUCCUUGGGAAGAGUUACCAAAUAGCAUAAUAAAAGACGCAACAGACCAAUAGCAUUUAAGAUAUUUCUCAAGUGGGAAAUACGACAUGAAAAUGACAAGAGCGCCUUUGGCGCGAAAACAAAGAAAUUCAAAAUUUUCUAAAUAAAAUGACAAAAUUAGGUUCUUUCUUAAGUCUUAUUGAAUUAGUUCAAUCGAUUUAAACAUUCACAAGUUAAAAUCUUCAUGAUUCAUUGAACAUUGAACAACAACAACAA